AUGAAGAGGCAGAGGAGUCAUGGGGAGAAGACUACUACUUCUGCUGAUCAUGCUGCUGCUGCGACUGCGACAGGGAAAUCGACGAGGAAGAUGAUGAGAAGCAAGGUGGUCGGACCAGAUCCUGACCAUCAUAACAAAGACGGAGGAGUGGCCACCGGUAGUAGUAUUAAUACAGCUACAGCUACAGCUACAGCUACAUUGGGUAUUUGUGCUGCUGCGGCGGCGGCUGCGGCGGUGGAGAGGGAGUACUACAUGUGCAAUGGAGGUGAAGCUGAUCAUCAUCAAGGCGGGGUGCUUAAUUACGAGCAAAUGUGGUGGAGCUCCAUCUGGCUCCCCAGCUUCGACGUGGACAACUACAUGGUUGCUGCUGAUGCGGAGGAUGAAACUGGUGGUGGUGGUGUGGUUUGGGAUAUUGACGAUAUCUGGAAUUUGAAGAGCAUCAAAUAG